AUGGCAGAGUCAUCCAAGCGCGGCACCAUCAUAUUCAACUCUGGUGAAGACCUCAGGCCAGAUGUACCACAGCGUGCCUGCGACAACUGCCGCCGCCACAAGAUCAAGUGUGUUGGCAAGGAUGACCCACCAUGCAAGCGAUGUCGCCAUAUGCGCCUUGAGUGCCGCUUCCAAAUGCCACCCGUUCCCCGCGCCGUGCUUGAAGAUAACGAGGCAACCAAGAGUCGGCUGGCUGAGCUCGAAGGACAUGUUUCCGGCAUCUUUGACAAGCUCGAUCAAAUGAGCACCGCGUUAAUCAAAAUGAACAGCCGCGCCGAGCGCGAGUCAAAACGAGACCGGCCCUCGCCACCCUCCCCGCGCACAGUAGAACCGCCAUUUACUCUUCCAUCUGUGGUGCCUAGUAGCGCACGCCCUCCGUCCUUGACAUCUCGUUCGAGCCACCAAGAGUACCCCUCCCCUACAGGUCUGAAACGUGCCUCGCCGUGGUCGACGAACGACAAUGUUCACAACCCAUACAUGGACACAAACCCUUCUCCGCAAGCUUCUCUCCGCUCCGUCACACUCGCCAGCGUCCCACCGGUCCGUUCGCCCACGCCUCCGCUUAGCGACGACGAUCCUCUCGACGUUGCCCUUUCCCGCGAAAGAGAUCCUAUCCUCGCUGCAGAUGGCGACCACUCGAUGGCAUACACUGAGGACGACCGUCCCAUUAAGAGACGGCGGACGGCCGACACUCCCCGAUCUCUUCAAGCAGCAACUACUCCCGCCAGCAGCGAUCCAUUGCGCGGAGUAGCGGACCCGGUUACCACAGGUUUACUCUCAGAAGAGGAUGGUCGGCGCCUCUUCGAUGUCUUCUUCAAGUCCGCCUACCCGUUCACACCAGUGUUUGACCCGACACGUGACACCUGGGAGAGACAGCGGGAAGCGGCUGGAGCGGCGUCCGACCUCACCACGACGCUCUCGGACGAGGUCGAGCGAAUGACCAAGCUCACGCUCUAUGCUCCCGUGACGCUCGAGGUUCUGCAAGGAAUGGCUAUACUCAUAUCAUACUCGGACAACGCAUGGCGCAUUUGCUCUCACGCCAUGGCGCUUGCCAUCGACAUGCGGCUUUACCGAUGCCUACCAUAUCUUCACAAAAUCCGGUCUGAGGCUCGGAAACCGAACUUGCUGUUAGAGCGACAACGCUCCCUCGUCGUCGGUGCCCGCAUCUGGCUUUCCCUUGUGCGCCAGGCCUACGAGAUGAGUUUCAAUCACGCCCUGCCAAUUCUAUUCCCCUCCGACAGAGGUCGCCGCACCGCAUUCAAGCGCGAGCUGCUUGAUCACCCGCUCUCAAAUUUGUACGAUACGCGCCUUGUCAUCUCUGUUGAGAUGUGUGAAGUCCGCGAGAGCAGCUUCCGCCCGUUCGACACGGCCGACGACCCUGCCGAAAUGGACGUCCUCCUGCGAGAGGCUAAUGAGGGGAUGGACGAGCUCGAUACGCAUUGGAGCGCGUAUUACGACGCGCUGGGGUUGCCGCAGGACCACUUCCUACGCAUCGAAUUGAGCAAUCAGCGCGCGUAUAGUGUGCUCUACACCAACUCUCCGGCAUGGAAUGGCGUUCAAAAGCCGGAGGAUGUUUGCCGCCUCAGUACAGAGCGGCAGCGAUGGGUCACCGCGGCACUUGGGGCUGCAGCAUUCCUCGUGUCGUCUGUCGCUGGGCGGCUCGACAGCGCCGAGUUUGGGAACCACAACUUCCACGUCGGCAUCAUCGCAACUGCGCGCUACCUCAUCCGCAUGUGCGAGCUCCUGCCCGAUGCUUGUGAUGCGCACGAGAUAGCGCUAUCCAUCGAUCGCCUCCUCCUCAAGCUGCCGUAUCCGUUCUCGGGAUUCGCGGAAGGCCUCCGCCGAACGCUUGCACGCGCACGAGAGAAGGGCAUUCUCCCAUACACCCAGAUGAGCGCCGCCGCGGCCAAGCGUCCCGUGCCGUCUCCCCAACCCGCCUCGGAACAGCAAAUCGCGCCGCUACCAGGGCUGAACCCAUUCCCAUGGCAUGACCCGGUGCAGACUCUUGAUUUCACCCAGUUCAUGGAUGCCCCAACAUCCGGCGCUCCAACAGCACAGAGGCCGCGUGCGGACUCGAUCGUGUGGGCGGAAGACUUUGACCUCGCGGCUUGGUUCCCCGGCGCUGCCGAUACCGCCGAGCCCCUGCCGCUAGACUUUACGGCUCUCGACGUUGACAUGGCCAAUCUCUUCCCGGCCGCACCACAGGUGUGGUUUGACGGGUCUCAGUAG